AUGGCUACUACUAAUGACGAAGAUCUUGAAGAAUAUUCAACACCAACAUAUGAAAAUGAAAAAUUAGAGAUACUUAUUCGAAAAAUGCGUUUAUGCAAAUCAGCAACAUUUUAUGUCAAUACUAUAUCUAAUGAUGAUAUAAAAUUAAUUGCAGAUGAAUUGAAAACAAAUAAAAUUUGGAAUUCUCUUCGAAUAAUUGGUCAAAAUCUUGUUAAUGAAGACGGUUUUCAAUAUUUAUUCGAUGCAUUAGCAACAAAUACAGCAGUAAAAGCUCUUCAUCUAUGUGGUAAUUCAUUAGGAGAUAGAGGUGUUAUGCUUUUCAUGAAUUCACUUGCAUAUAAUACUACCAUAGUUGAUGUAAACUUGACAGACAAUCACAUAACAGAAAUUGGUGCUCAAGCAAUCAGUAAAAUGCUUCGAAUCAAUUCAACAAUCAUCAAUUUACAAUUACAUGCUAAUCCAUUAUCGGAUAUUGGUAUAACAUUAAUUACUCAAGCUCUUCAAUAUAAUCGAACUUUAACAACAUUAAAAAUCGGAAGAAUUUCUAUGACAAAUGUAGGUGCAGAAGAAUUAGCUUCGCUGCUUCGAUUAAAUACAACAUUGAAAAUGCUCUCUCUUGAUUAUAAUAAAAUUGGUGAUGCAGGAAUACAAGCUUUAUGUAUGGCUUUAAAAGAGAAUCAAGUAUUACAAUGUAUCGAUAUUCGACAGAAUCAAAUUUCAGAUCAAAGUAUUGACAAUAUCAUUGCUAUGAUACAAAAUAAUCGAACAUUGACUAGAUUGGAUCUAGCACGUAAUCAAUUCAGUGAUCAAGGAAAAGAAAUAAUACGGCAAGUAAACGCGAAUAAUAAUACGAUUAAAACUUUAAUACUAUGA